AUGGCAGCCCGCAGCAGGCCACGAGGUCAAUUAAAGGAAGAGUUCGAUGAAGAGAGGGUCAUCUGGAACUCGAUCAAAACCGAUGGCCGACGCGUUGAUCAACUCAUGAAAGAGUCCGAUGUCUUGCAAGAGAAGAUCUCCGCUAUUGUCGCAGAACAGUCUGCUCGUAUCGAUCGCGGCGAGGAAACUUCAGCCCGCCUUGACGACGAACUUGAAGACCUUCUACGCGACAACAUCCGUAAUCUCAAUGAGGCGCAAACCCUUCUGCAACCCGUCGAAGGCGGCAAUGAUGUCCACACCCAGAUGACGCUACUGGCCGCCCUCCGCAUGUCAGAAGAGGCUCCACCUUCAGCAUCACGAGCCACUAGCGUUGGGCACGGGAAGUCGGGACGCGACCGCCAGGGCAAGCGAAAGCUGACCGAUAGUAUCGAUGACCGCGACAGCAUGGCUGCGGACAGUCCUGGAGGUCCUAGCCCAAAGGUCGUUAUCAGCAGCCAAAAAGAUCGACUGGUAGCCAAGUCGGGCAGUAGCAGAGCAGGAUCAGUACCUGUUGCGAGAGAGGGCAGCGUAAAGAUCGAUGAAGACGAUUCGGGUAAGGAAGUCCGACCUCGCCUAUCACCACAAACAGAGGUUCUCUACCGGAACAACGCAAAGAAUCGCUCUUCUUCUUCUUCCAUGUCAUUCGAGGGUGAAGGCAUUCUCUGCCGCGUAACGUCGGUGAUCGGCGAAGGAAAGCAACGUCGGUACGAAAUUAUCGAUGCUGAUCCGGAUCCCCCGACACCAUCAGUACCCUACCGUGCUUCCGUAAAUCAUCUAAUUCCCAUCCCGCCACCCUCUUCCAACACCACACUGCCUGACCUUAGUAAAGGGAAGAACGUGCUCGCUCUGUACCCUGGUACCACUACCUUCUAUAAGGCGGAAGUAGUAGCUGUAUGGAGACAGAUCGACGGCAAGGUCAAGAAAGAAGAUGGGAGUAAAGAAGGAGAGCCUGUGGAUAAUCUCGUCAGAUUGAGGUUUGAGGGUGAAGACGAGGCGGACCGUGAGAUGAGUGUUGAGAGAAGGUAUGUACUGCCUGAUAGAUGA